AUGAACGAGCCCACGGUAGUCGCGGAGGAACCGAAAUCGACUCAACAGCCGAUUACGGCCACCGCAGAGGAGAAGCACCGGGAGAAAGCAGACGAGAAAGUAGUUUCAAGCCAUGAAAUCCCCACCGCGACAACUACUGCCAAUGCGACUGCCACCCCCGAUGCGCCCGAAGAUGGCCCCGAUCGAGGCUAUUCACGCCUGUCGAUGGUGAUGAUGGUGGUCUUCAGCGGUCUCGCCAUUGGAUCCGACGGGUUCAACGCCUCGAUCAUCGGCAACAUUGAAUUGUUGAUGGCCGUAAUCUAUCCCAAUUCGCUGACUACCGAGGUCGCGGCGCGGUUAUCCAAUGCCUUCAUGGUCGGCAUGAUCAUCGGCAUGCUGUCGUUUGGGUACAUUUCCGAUAAGCUCGGUCGUAAGACAGGUGCUGUCCUGACCACGACGAUCCUGGUGCUGGGAAUUGCCCUCAGUGCCGGCGCCAGUGGUCUCACCGAGGAUGGCAUGUUUUGGAUGCUGAUCAUCGCCCGAGGCAUCGCCGGAGUGGGCGCGGGAGGAGAAUACCCUGUCGCAGGCGCGGGUGCGGCCGAGGCGACGGACGAGGCCCCCAGCAUUCGCAGGCGACGAGGCUUCAUCUUCGCGAUGAUCGGCGAUUUGUCGGCCUCGCUGGGCUUUGCUUUUGGCGCUCUGGUUCCGUUGAUCCUGCUGCUAUGUUUCCACCAGGAGCCAUGGGUGCCAUCGCCCCCUCUCCAUCUUCUGGUUUCGCUACCGCAUGGUGAUGAGCACCGCGUAUCGGAAGAGUUCGAUGAAGAAGCAGCGCAUUCCAUACUGGCUGGCGGCGAAGAAGUACUGGCGCCCUUUGCUCGGCGUGUGUGGCUCGUGGUUUAUCGGUUCAACUCGAUUAGCUACAACUAUAUCUCCUACCCGUUCGGCCUGUUCUCGUCGACCAUCGUCGGUCGCGUGAAUCCGUCCUCGUCCCUCGCCCUGUCGAUGGCAUGGGGGACGCUGAUCAACUGUUUCUAUAUCCCUGGGGCUUUCAUCGGUGGGUUUCUGUCCGACAAAAUCGGUCGACGUCGCACCAUGGCGUUGGGCUUUAUGCUCCAGGCGAUCCUCGGCUUUAUUCUCGGUGGGGCGCUAGGACCGAUCCAGACCAAACUGCCCCUGUUCAUCGUCCUCUAUGGCAUCUUUCUCACGCUCGGCGAGAUCGGGCCCGGCUCGACCAUUGUCCUCGCGGCCAGCGAGAGCUUCCCCACCGCCGUUCGGGGCCAUGGCGUCGGACUGGCGGCAGCCUGGAGCAAGGCUGGUGCGGCCAUCGGCACCCAGGUCUUCAAGCCAAUUCUCGCGAGCUGGGGCGACGACAGCUUUCGAGGCACGCAGGCAGUCUUUCUCAUCGGCUCGGGAUUUGCCAUCCUGGGCGCCUGUCUGGCCUGGUUCAUUCUCCAGGAUAGUAACAAGAUUCUGGACCACGGGGAUCAGGAGUGGAAGGACUAUCUCAUUGCUCAUGGAUAUACUCACAUCGAAUGGGGAGUAGAGGGGGAGCCCGCCGUCCAGGAUGCGAAGGACGUGGAUUAA